AUGUUCGAGUAUAAAAGCUUAUUCGUCAAAGGCUCUCAUUGUGAUCACGGCAAUCCAACACAAUUAGUGCUUGUCAGAAGCCAACCUGCUCCAGCCGCGUCUGGUAGAAAUGAUACGUUCAAACUGCCAACAAAUUAUUCUAAAGAACAUCGACCUUCCCACCGAAGGGAACCAACCGAUGUUAUGGUAAACAUUCAUGUCCAAGCCAUAAAUCCUAUUAAAGCAGCAGAUAUGGAUUUCAGAAUGGACAUGACCCUAACCCAGCGUUGGAUGGACGAAAGGCUGGCAUUUGCCGAGCAGUGGUUUGACGGAAAAGACAAUCUCAUUUUACCACUGGAGUUUGUCGAUCUGAUCUGGCAUCCUCAUCCCUUCGUUGUGAAUGCAAAAUCUACAGACGUUGGCCAACUAACGCAGAAAUUAGUGAGCGUUUACGUCUUUCGAAAUCGUACCGUCCAAUACUCCGUGAAUGUUUUUAUAACAGUAGCUUGCGCAAUGAACUAUCGCUAUUUCCCAUUUGACUCUCAACUGUGCCCCAUGUUUUUAGAAUCAUUUUCGUUUGACGAAACCCAAGUCAAGUACACGUGGGCGGAGUAUGAACCCUUCACGAUCAACCCUGACUUAAGAAUGUUGCAAUUUGAACCAAGAAGACCGCUUCAUUUUAGCAUAGCGUCCGUACCUCGGUUCAACGAGGCGAAGAACUUUUCCCAGUUAGUCGCCUAUUUCAGGUUUGAUCGAUUAAUGGGAAAUCAUUUGAUUCAGACAUUUGCCCCCUGUUCUCUCGUCGUGUGUUUAAGCUGGUUCAGCUUCUGGUUGGAGCUUAAUGCCUUGUCGGCCCGAAUGUCGCUCUUGGUAACGUCCAUCUUGACCCUGGUGACGCAAUUUGUCGGUCUCAAAACUGACCUGCCUCCGGUGGCAUAUAUUAAAGCGGUAGAUAUUUGGAUGGCUGGCUGUAUGGUCUGGGUGUUUGGCGCGUUGGGAGAAUUCGUGCUUGCAAAGGUCAUCUUUUCGUUGACGGAGGAUGCCAAAUUCCAUUAUCAUGAAGACCACUUGAAAUUUUUUAGUCAGCCGGGAUUGUCACCCCAACAUGACUACACCAUGAAGCCAAAUGGUGCCAGAAACGGGAGAGAUAUUGAUGAAAUGCUUAUGCAUAGAACAAACAGUUCUGAAAUAAUUACCGAAAUGGACAUGACUGGACAACCUAUUGAACAAAAUUUGCAAAAUCAGCGGAUUCGUCACCGCCGAUUGGCGCCCUUGGACCACAAGGAUAGCUUUGAAAAUGCGGAUCUUAAGAGCAUCGCUACGACAAGUUCUGCCAGCCUCGACAAGAAUGUGGGAAGAAUGAAGCUUCCGCUGCAAUGGACGGAUCCCAAGACUGGAAAGCAGAUCCUGUUGUGGAAGAAAAUCGACAACAUUUCCAAGUGGGUCUUCCCUCUCUCCUUCGUCCUCUUCUGCACCGUGUAUUGGAUCAUUUUGUACAUUCACAGCAAAGUGGACAAUGAUCUUGACCUCUACGUGGUGAGCACGAACCUCACAAUCUCAGCUUAAUUAUUGAUAAGAAAACUGAUAAGAAAAAAGCAAUUAGAUUCUUGUUAGAUACUUUUCAAUUAAUUGGUGCAUUGAAUGUCUAUGUGUUAUAAGUUGGGUGGUGAAACCACAGAAAAAUCUAUUUUUUCAGUAGUACAGCCUUCAAUUUUUGUAGAAA